CCGCGCUUCCUAUAGCCACCGUGUUCUCCGUCACCCGUUCCAUCCCCAUGCUCAUGCGCCGUAAGGAGGUGAAAGAGCACGGAACUGGCCGUGCCAUUGAAGGGUCCUACCGUAAAGGCCAGAUCUGCCUCGUCGUGGAAGACCUUGUCACCAGUGGCGCCUCCGUUAUGGAGACUGCUGCACCGCUCCGUGUCGAGGGCCUUGAGGUGCGCGACGCCGUCGUGGUAAUUGACCGGGAGCAAGGUGGUCGGGAGAAUCUUGCGGAGAAUGGGAUUCGACUUCACUCUCUGUUUACGCUGUCGGAGAUGGUAGAAGUGCUUGUGAAGAGCGGGAAAUUAUCCAACGAGAUGGCAGCGGAGGUGAAGACAUUUCUUGAUGAUAAUAGGAGAGUACGGGUUCCGGCGCCGGUUACCCCGCCGACGAGAGUUAGGCUUUCGUUUAGUGAGAGGGCGGCGAUGGCGAAGAAUCCGGUUGGAAAGAGGCUGUUCGAGCUGAUGGAGGUGAAAAAGAGCAAUCUUUGUUUGGCUGCGGAUGUGCCCACCGCUAAGGACCUUUUAGACCUAGCUGAGAAG